AUGUGUCACCUCCUCGCCAGCCUUCUUUUACUAGUUCUAGCAUUUGUCUUAAAUCCCCUCCUUCUACCCUCCGUGGUGUGCUCACGGUUAUGUCCGCGCCACUGCCUUUGUUACGAAAACACCGACUUGGUGGAUUGCCGUGACCGUGGGCUCGAACACGUUCCCAGGGGGCUCCCGCAUGGCACCUGGCUGCUGGAGCUGAGAGGAAACAACCUGAGUGAAAUUUGCACCAGAGCCUUUGCGGGCCUGUGGUCCUUACGGGUGCUCGUGCUGGCCAACAGCCACAUACGGACCCUUCAACCACAGGCUUUCUUCUCAUUGUCUUACCUUGAGAAGCUGGAUCUCAGUGAUAACCGGCUAACAAGUCUUCCUGCUGACUUCUCUGUGGGCCUGUCUGCUCUUAGGGUGCUGCGACUGGAGCACAACAAUUUAGAUCAUCUGUCUGCAUUCAGCUUUGAAUAUCUGGACAACGUUGAGAAAAUGGACCUUAGUCAUAACCAUCUGGUGUCUGUAAGCCCUGGUGUGUUCAGAGGCCUUUCAAGGCUCAGGCAGCUCUACUUGCAAAACAACAGACUGUCUGUCAUGCACCAAGGGAGCCUUGAUAUGCUGCCUGGACUGGAGGUGCUCCAGCUGAGUCACAAUAACAUUUCUCUGAUCGACACGAAGGCUCUGACUCCUCUCUACAACCUAGCGGUUCUCGAUCUGGAGGGAAACAACCUGCGUCACUUGAAAUUCAAAACCUUCCUUAAUCUGCACACAACAGCGACACACAUCCAGCUGGCAGGAAACCCUUGGACCUGCGACUGUGAGCUGCACCGCGUGUUCAGCAAGAUCCUUCACGUUCGACACCUCCACAUCGACGACUACCGCAAUGUGACCUGUCACCAGCCGCCGCAGCUGGCCGGGGCUUCACUGGCUUGGGUAGACAGCAAACUGUGCAUCGCAGAGACAGCCACUGUACUCGUCAUUACCGUAACAGUUCUGGUCACAGUGGUGGCAGCUGUGGUAAUGGCAGAACGGAACAGGAAGAGGAAUCGUGGCAAGAACUGGGACACUGAAUCCCAAAACCAAACCCACAGUCCGCCAUCUUGA